UGAUAUCUUUUUUAAAGCUUAAGUUUUGAAAUUUGUACCUUUCCUCGUGUUUAUGACGUCAUGGAAAAAGCCAUAACAGCGGCUCGAACAACGCAUGCGCACAAUGACGCACAAUAGAAACUACAUUCUCAGUGCGUAUUAGUCUGAGAAAAGGACGCAUUUUUUUGUGCUCCACAAUUUCGACUUUUCCCCGAUUAUUAUCGCAUAUUCUCUAAAACGACGAGACGUGCGUCUCUUGUGGGUUAGAGGAUAUCUCGAAGAAGACGAGUUUACAAUUCGACUAAACCUUUAGUGACUUUUGGAGAUCAUACGAAAGAUGGCAGGAACGAGAAAAGCCCAGUCGGCGGGCGGACCGGACGGUUCGGCAGAGGUGGGCCCGGGCAGAGCCACGGUGGGCAGCGAACCCUGGAUCGGAUUCAAGAAUCUGAUGAAGAGAGUUCCGAUAGUUCGGAGCGUGGAUGUGCUCAGUGGUGGGGACCAGCAAGAUAGGAAGGAGAAGAAGAAGGGUGUGGCAGAUGACAGGAUGAAAAGUGCAGCCGUGCUGGUGGAGUCUAGGGAGGAACCCAGACUGGAGGAACUGUCAGCUGAUGUAGGGGAGUCCCACGACACUCGCUCCCUACAGCGUGUGGCCAGUACAGACAUCAGCGAUGUGCCCACAACAGAGGGAGGUAGACUUUCACUCCCCACAGUCCCAGACACUUCUGCUGUGUCAUCAGAGGACACACUUGAGGAAAUGAAGCAACAGCUCAAGGAGUUGGAGAAGAUGUGGAAAGCGUCCGUCAACUCGCAGAUGGCAGGCUUUCAGAGGAGGAAUAACGAGUUUGAGGAACUGAAUGCUAUACUGCGCAGGAAUGUCGAGAUAGCAGAGAAAGUCUGCAAAAGGACAAAGGAGAUGAUGGCUAAUCUCAAGGAGCAGGGGUACUUGGAUAUCCUUGAAGCUGCUCCUCAGCCCCAGAAGUCACCCCGCAGGAGGAGGGCAGGCGUAGAUGCAAGAGUAUCCGCCAAAGAUACGUGUGCCUCCGACGUUAGUCUGGUUGUCGAGCUUCGACGUGCCGCGUCCAGCCUCUACGAUAUCCAGGGUGCUGACGGGACCUCGGCCAUGUCUGAAAGCACAGACCAAAGCUUGUUUGCUACAGUCCCGGGCUUUAGGUCCGUCGAUGUAGACAAGCAUGAUGACCUACAGUACGUGUGGUAUGAAGGAGCCUUACAGAAGUCCGGCCAGCGCAGAUCUGUUGCCAUGGACAACAGCAGUGACAACACAGGCGUGGACUCUAGGGCUGUCGAUGUAGACAUGCAUGAUGACCUACAGUAUGUGUGCUAUGAAGCAGCCCUGCAGAACUUCGGCCAGCGCAGAUCUGUUGCCAUGGACAACAGCAGUGACACCACAUGUGGCGUGGACUCUAGGGCUGUCGAUGUAGACAGGCUUGAUGACCUACAGUACGUGUGCUAUGAAACAGCCCUGCAGAACUCCGGUCAGCGCAGAUCUGUUGCCAUGGACAACAGCAGUGACACCACAUGCGUGGACUCUAGGUCCGUUGUUACAGACAAAGUUUCCAUCAGUGACCUGCAGUACGUGUGGUUUGAAGGGUACCUGCAGCACAAAUCUACCAUGGACAACGGCAGCAACAUCACAAGUCUGGAUGCAGCAUUGCCUGAGCUGACUGACCUGGAAGACCAGCAUGUGGAGUCCACUGUCCAGGAGAACACAGCUCCCACACUGAAGAAGAAAAACAGACUGCAGAAGCUCAAGAGGUGGUUCCAGCGAAAGGGCCGCAAGUUUGUCAACAAGAUCCGCCGCCGCUAAAGCCGUGAGGGUAGCUAGACUGUCUGAUACGAGCGAUCGCUGUUGUUGUUUAUAUUCGGGGUAUUGGACGAUUGUUGCCUACCAGGAUGUCAGUAGAUUGGAUCAAAAAUUGAUAUUCAAAUUAGUGGCACAAAUUACUGGUUAAUAUGUAAAUCAAUCUUUUGGAAAACAGCUGCUUUUUGCCUACCACUGCGUCACUGUGACAUCAUCGCGAUCGCUCGUAUUUUGGUCUAAGUUAUUUGGCUUGUGAUGUGAAUCACUAAAACCUUUUUUGUGUGAUAAGUGUGCACUGUACAUGUGUAUUGACUGCAAUUUUCUUAAAUGUAAGCUAAAACCACAAAAGGAACAAAGUAGUGGCAGGGAACAAAGACAAGCUUGUCCCUCAGUUCCAAAGAAAAAAAAAACAAA